AUGAUGAAAAGAGGCAGAGCGUCUCGCGGCCGCGCGACGAGCACUCGCAGUUCGACUAGUGAUCGCGGGGGGAUUCGCAAGCGGAGCGGUGCCCCUCCGACAAAGACCGACCGGGAUGGCGAUUUGGCGAUGGGUGCAGGCGCAGGCGCUAUUCGUGGACAGAGAACUCGUGGAGGCCCUGGUCGACCUACCCCCUCCGGGCGAACACACGCUCUCGACAGGAGCAUCAACCAGAUUCAAAAAGCUCUAUCGACCUCGGGUGCCCAAGCGAACAUUCGACAAGGCGGUCGCGGAGGACCGUCAGAGCAGGUCGCUAUCCGUGGGUGGAAGCAGAGCAAGGCCGCAUCCAACCGUGAUGGUGGCGUCGAAAGCCUGAUCGCCUUUCUCGAGAAAAAACUCACACCUCCCGAUUCGAAAUCUGGCCCCCGCGUAAAAAUAAACAAGUCGCGGGUUGAGGGCGACGCUCUGAUAGUGUCCGUCCGACCGGAAUCACUAGAGAGAAUGCUUCAGCUUAAUGGUUUUUCGUUUGCAGGAGCGCCUCUUGCCGUCGAAAAAUUCGACCAGGCAUCAGCUCCUUUGUUGAACUCCGUACCGGCGCAGAACGGUACCACGCCGUCCACUGCAGACACAAAAGCGAAAAUGACAGCGAUACUGGGGAAGCGAUACUACCAAGACUCCAAACUGCUCGAUCUGUCCAAGCUGGGCACCGAUCCGGACUUGGUGGCUAUGGGGAUAUUUGGCACGACUUCUACCGAAUCCAAGUUCUUCCCUGCGCUCAUGAAGGUGUGGGAGCUGAACUUUGAUAACACUACAGCGCGGCGUGAGGCUGUCGAAAGUGUCAGUCUCGCUGACAAUCAGCUCGCCAACAUCACCGUCGUCACCACUCUUUCUCAAACCUUCCCCGACUUGAAGAACCUCGAUCUCUCGAACAAUAACUUUGCCGACGCUCAGGCGCUCAUUGGAUGGCGAUGGAAAUUCCGGAAACUACAGUUCCUCGAUCUCACUGGCAACCCUUUCAGCGCCGAUCCUACGUUCAAGGAUUCCAUGCUCAAGUGGUAUCCGGAACUCAAGAUCCUGAACAACACCCAGGUUCGCACCGAUGAGGAAAUCGCUGCGCAAAAGAAAACGCCGAUCCCCGUCCGAGCUCCUCAUUUCCACGACGAAGGCCAAAUCGCGGAGAACUUCAUUCGUGCGUUCUUCACCGGCUACGACGGCAAUCGCGCCGAUAUUCUCAACGGCUUCUAUGACACAACCUCCACUUUCUCACUUAAUGUCAAUACAUCCGCCCCGAGGGCGUUACAAACCGAGCCCGCUCCUUGGGACCCGUAUCUCAAAAAGAGUCGGAACCUCCUCAAAAUCAGUCAUCUACCCGCGAGAAUGUCUCGCACAUAUACAGGCGUGGAGAAGAUCCGGGAAUUAUGGACGGCGCUUCCACCAACGAGGCAUCCCGACAUUGUGGCCCAUCCCGAAGAAUGGCUCAUUGAAUGCUUCCCGAUUCCUGGGCUGCCGGAUAUGACGGGUCAGAGUUCGACCGGCGUUGGUGGAUUCCUUAUUAUGGUGCACGGGAAGUUUGAGGAGGACAAUUCAGGGAAGGUCGAGACUCGAAGUUUCGACCGCACAUUUAUUCUCGGGCCGGGCAAUGGCGUAGGGGGGAUCAGGGUUAUCAGCGAUGUGCUAUGUCUGCGAGCAUAUGGCGGUAAUGAAGCAUGGCAACUCGAACCUCAACCUGCUGCCGCUCCACCAGCAGCAGUCCCUGCUGCGGCCCCCGCGGCGAAUCCAGCCGCGCCUGUAGGCUACGGUCUUCCAGCCCCCGGCAAGACCGAUGCCCAAGUGCAACAAGAGCAGUUAGUGAUGCAGCUGAGUACCAAAACAAUGAUGACCCUGCAAUACUCGGAACUCGCACUUUCGGGGAACAGUUGGAACAUGGAAGCUGCUCUGAAAAACUUCCAGGAGCUGAAGACUCAAGGUCAGCUACCUCCCGAAGCUUUUCUUCCUGGAGCUACGGCAUAG